CAGUGAAGCUGAGGAGUAAGAGGAAAUCCGAAAUCCCUUAGGGGAGGAGGGGUACCGUCGGCCACGAUGCUCUGCGGGGGGUGUGCUGGUUGCGGGUGCCCGGCAUGCACAGGGCCCCGGGGGCUGCAGCAGCUGGUGUGCACUCUGUGGGUGCACAGCUUCGGGGCUGCCAGGCUGUGGAUCGGGGACAGAGGCCAGGAGAGCCUCCCGCAGAACGAGGAACACAUCCAGUGUGGGUUUUCUGGAAACCCUCGAGACUCUUGAGAUUGCCGGGAGGGAACAAAAUCUGCCCAAAUUUACAUUUACAUUUCCCUUAUUCAUGUUAUAGCUGAAAUAGACCAAUUUUGCUUUUUUACACAGUGUUGAGAUAGAAGUUGUGACGUCAGUGGAGAUCAAGUAUGCUUGGUGUCCUUCAGGACUCUGCACGUAAUUGUUCCCUAGGAGCUGACUGGGGUCUUAGUCUGCGACAGGCACUUAGGGAGGUAAGGGAGACAAAAGUCCUAGCCCUCCUACAACUUACCUUCAAGCAAGUCGGAUCAUUAUGAAGUGGACACGUAAUAGAAUAUGAGGUAAAAUAAAGCGCAGGGUGGCCUGCGUCAAAAUUCACGUCCACCUGGACCCUCAGAAUGUGACCUUAUUUGCAAGUAGGGUCUUUGCAGAUGUAAUCAGUUAAAAUGAGGUCAUACUGGGGUGGGAUGGACCCUAAAGCCUCUGCCAGUGUCCCUCUGGGAAGAGAGGGGACGCGGAGCCACACCCAGGCGGAGGCAGGUGAAGCCAGAGGCGCAGAUCGGGGCCCUGCACCUGUGAGCCGGGGGCGGGGGCCCCCAGGAUGGCCAGCCACUCCCGCACGUUGAGAAGAGGCAAGGAGGGACUCCCCUAGAGCCCUCAGAGGGAUUUCUAAUUUCCGACCUGCAGAACCCUGGGAGAAUCCGUUCCUGUGGGACGUUGUUCCAGCAGCCCUAGGGAACUAACAUGGGGGAUGGACGUUCGUGCCCUCUCCUCGGGCUGCCCUUGUUCCCGAACUUCCAUUUGUGGAACUGUUUCUUCACAGCCUGCGGUACUACUAUUGCAAGAGGUGGCCCGGUCUGGGGUCCGCCCUUGCCUUUACGCUCCCGGGCCAUCCGGGUCUCCUCGGCUCCUCUGUGCACACCGCCCUCGUCCCGCCUCCCUCCUCCUCCUGCUGGAGCUUCCAGAUGCUUCUCUGUUCCGCUGCCGCCAGGACCCCGAUUUCGUCUGCUGUGCCCUGAGAUCAGACAGUCCCUCCUGCAGGUGGUUCAGAUUUAUCCUGUUCACACUCACACGAAAAGUCCACCAAAUGAGAUUUAAAGGAAGAAAGAGACAACAGUGGUUCCCGUCUAACCACAGCCGGGCGAUCUUAGCACACGACGAGGGCCUUGCCGGGCACAGCGCCACUGAUGAUUUGGGCUUCACACCCUUCAGCCUCAGCACUGAAGGCCACGCCCGGCGCGCGGUCCUUGCCUUUGAGGAGACCCUCCAGCUCCACGGGUGACGCUGCCGUCAGGGCACCGCGCCUUUCAGGCCGUGACCUCGGCGACAUGGCAGGCCUGCAAGGCCUCUGGCUCUCUCCUUCACCCCUUCUCCGGCUGUUUGCCGUCGCGCUGUGAACUGGCCCGUUUCCAGAGGGCAGCCGGCUUCGGAAGUGGCGCAGAGCAGGACGGCCUCUCCAGCUGAUGUUCGGACAGGCCCAGGUCCCUGGCCAGACUGGAGGGAAUGAAAAGGGUCACAAGAGGCCUUUCUGAGGUGACAUCACGGGCAGACAAUGCCUGCUUUCUCCUUCCCUGCGGCCUGCGUGGGGCGAAGACCGGAGGGAGGCAGAGAACAUGCACCCCAGCAGUCGGGAGUGGCCAGGAUAGAGCACUUAGAGCACUGUGUACAGAGCCUGGGGCCCCGAGGGCACUGGGGGCAGGCUUCCUGCCUGUCCUACCUGCUCCCCAGGACCGCACCCAGCUCCUCUUCCACCCCCUGGCUUCUGGCCCUCUCUGGUGGAGAAACUGGAGGUUCUGGGGACUUUCUGGGGAGCUCUGCUCCCUGAAACCCUCUCCUUCAUCCUAGACUGCCUCCAGGCUGCCUUCCGAAAGCCACGCCCCGGGCUUGCUCAGGCUUCUAGGGACUUGCUGAGGAGUUAGUUAAUCUCUGCAGAAUCACUGAGUUCAGUUCAGCUCCUGCAGGGGAAUUAACACAUUCCAGGAAAGCCUGGUUUGGGGUUGGGAUUUUAUUUUUAAUCCUGUCAUAGUGAAAUAAAGUAGGCAACUCAAGCAUUUUUUCUGCAUUAUAACAAAUCCAUCCAAGCAGAUCAGCCUCUGUAAGACAAUCACACUGGGCUCCAGAAGACUCGGUGUCCUCUCUCCUUGCCUCCCUGCUGCUGCUUGAGAGAGGCAUGUUCUCUCCGUCCUCCCCGCCCGCUGGGCUGUUGGAGAAGGCCUUCCAGUACAUCGAUCUCCAUCAGAAUGAGUUUGUACAGACGCUUAAGGAGUGGGUGGCUGUGGAGAGCGACUCGGUUCAGCCCCAGCCCCGCCUCAGAUGGGAGCUCUUCAGAAUGAUGACGCUGGCUGCGGACAGGCUCCGGCGCCUGGGAGCCAGUGUGGACUCCGUGGACCCGGGUGUUCAGCAGCUGCCUAAUGGUCAGACUCUCCCGAUACCUCCCAUCAUCCUGGCCGAACUGGGGAAUGAUCCAAAGAAAGCCACCGUGUGCUUCUAUGGCCACUUGGAUGUGCAGCCUGCUAGACAGGAAGAUGGGUGGCUCUCAGACCCUUACACGCUGACGGAAGUGGAUGGAAAACUUUACGGACGGGGAGCAACAGACAAUAAAGGUCCUGUUUUAGCGUGGAUUAAUGCUGUGAGCACCUUCAGAUCCCUGGAGGAAGAUCUCCCUGUGAAUAUCAAAUUCAUCAUUGAAGGGAUGGAAGAAGCCGGUUCCGCUGGCCUGGAGGAACUGGUCAGAAAGGAGAAGGACCGGUUCUUUUCCAGUGUAGACUACGUCGUCAUUUCAGAUAAUCUGUGGCUCAGCCAGAGGAAGCCAGCCCUCACUUACGGCACACGAGGAAACAGCUACUUCAGGGUGGAGGUGAGAUGCAGAGAUCAAGAUUUUCAUUCAGGAACCUUUGGGGGUAUCCUCAAUGAACCAAUGGCUGAUUUGGUUGCUCUUCUUGGUAGCCUUGUAGACUCCUCUGGGCAUAUUCUGAUCCCUGGAAUCUAUGACCAGGUGGCCCCUCUUACUGAAGAGGAGAGAAAGAUGUAUGAAGCCAUCGAUCUGGACCUAGAAGAAUACCGGAACAGCGUCCAGGUUAAGAGAUUUCUGUUUGACACCAAGGAGGAGAUUCUAAUGCACCUAUGGAGGUACCCAUCUCUUUCAAUCCAUGGGAUUGAGGGCGCAUUUGAUGAGCCUGGAGCUAAAACGGUCAUCCCUGGCCAAGUUAUAGGAAAAUUUUCAAUCCGUCUGGUCCCUCACAUGAAUACAUCUGUGGUGGAAAAACAGGUGAAGCAGCAUCUUGAAUAUAUAUUCUCCAAAAGAAAUAGUUCCAACCAGAUGGCUGUUUCUAUGACGCUAGGACUACAGCCAUGGAUCGCAAAUAUUAAAGAUAAACAGUAUCUUGCAGCAAAGAGAGCCAUCAAAACAGUGUUUGGAACAGAGCCAGACAUGAUCCGGGAUGGAUCAACCAUACCAAUUGCCAGAAUAUUCCAGGAUACCAUCCAAAAGAGUGUGAUGAUGUUCCCGCUGGGCGCUGUUGAUGACGGGGAGCACUCUCAGAAUGAGAAAAUCAACAGGUGGAACUACAUAGAGGGAUCCAAAUUAUUUGCUGCCUUUUUCCUAGAGAUGGCUAAGCUGCAUUAAUAAUGACAGGAGCCUUCCAGCUUAGAUCCGACCUAUUGACAGAUACCCUCUCCCACACCUGGGCAGGA